AUGGUCCCCACAAUCUGGAUUGCGGCCGUCUCGCUGGCUGCCGCCGCCGCAGCGCAAUAUUUCCCACCUACACCCGAGGGGCUGAAGGUGGUUGACUCGAAACACGAGAAAGGAGUGAAAAUCUCAUACAAGCAGCCGGGGGUCUGUGAAACCACACCAGGCGUCCGAUCGUACUCGGGCUACGUUCACCUGCCCCCGGGCACUCUGAACGAUGUGGGAGUGUCUCAGAAAUACCCAAUUAACACCUUCUUCUGGUUCUUCGAAGCCCGACAUGACCCGAAGAACGCCCCCUUAUCCAUCUGGAUGAACGGCGGGCCCGGCAGCUCCUCGAUGAUCGGUCUCAUGCAAGAGAACGGCCCAUGCCUCGUGAAUGCAGAUUCCAAUUCGACCGAGCUCAACCCCUGGUCGUGGAACAACUAUGUCAACAUGCUGUACAUCGAUCAGCCUAACCAAGUCGGGUUUAGCUACGACGUCGCCACCAAUGGCACCUACGACCAGAUUGCCAGCGCGUGGGAUGUCUCGAAGUGGAAGCGGGGUGUACCUGAACAGAACAACACCUUCUAUGUCGGCACGACGACCAGCGGAAAGGCUAAUGCAGCUGCCAACAGCACAGAGAAUGCCGCUCACUCGCUGUGGCACUUUGCACAGACGUGGUUCUCUGAAUUCCCCGAAUACAAGCCCAACGAUGAUCGCGUGAGCAUCUGGACUGAGUCAUAUGGUGGCCGAUACGGCCCGUCCUUCACUGCGUUCUUCCAGGAGCAAAAUGAGAAAAUCCGAAAUGGCACUCUCACCGCUGCUGGUACGUCGCAUUACAUCCACCUCGACACAUUGGGCAUUAUCAACGGCUGCGUCGACCUCCUCAUCCAAGCACCCUCCUACCCAAAGAUGGCCUACAACAACACCUACGAUCUUCAGACGAUCAACGAAACCAUAUACACGCAAGCCAUGCACUCAUGGAGCCGAUCAGGCGGCUGCAAGGACCAAAUCAAACAUUGCCGUGCCCUCGCCGCCGAAGGCGAUCCUCAGAUGCGUGGCAACAAUGAGACCGUCAACAAGGUCUGCAAGAAAGCCGGUAACUUCUGCAGCAACGCCGUCGAGGGCGCGUAUGUCAACUACGCUGACCGGGGCUACUACGAUAUCACGCACAAAAACCCGGACCCAUUCCCGCCGAACUACUUCCUGGGCUUCCUGAAUCAGCACUGGGUGCAGGACGCGCUGGGCGUGCCAAUCAAUUUCACCGAGUCGGUCGACAGCGUCUAUGAAGGGUUCCAGUCCACGGGUGACUAUGCCCGCGCCGACGUGCGCGGGUACUUGGAUGACCUGGCGUACGUGCUGGACUCAGGGAUCAAGGUCGCGCUGGUGUAUGGGGACCGCGACUAUGCAUGUGACUGGAUCGGCGGCGAGGAUGUGAGUUUGAGCGUCCAGCAUGCGCAGGCAGAUGCCUUCCGGGCAGCGGGAUACUCGGCGCUGCGCACGAAUGCGUCAUAUGUGGGCGGGCAGGUGCGGCAGCACGGAAACUUCUCGUUCACGCGUGUGUAUGAGGCGGGCCAUGAGGUGCCGGCGUAUCAGCCGCAGACGGCGUAUGAGAUUUUCCAUCGGGCGCUGUUCAACCGUGAUCUGGCGACGGGGAAGAUUGAUACCGCGCGCAAUGCGUCGUAUUCGACGACGGGCCCGGCCUCGACGUGGCAUAUCAAGAAUCAGGUGCCUGAGAGCCCGGAGCCGCUGUGUUAUAUUCUGGCGCUGGAGGCUACCUGUACCGAGGACCAGAUUGCCAGUGUGGUGAAUGGCACGGCAGUCAUCAAGGACUAUGUGCUUGUGGAGGGUGGGGAAGAGUAA